UGCACGUUGUGUUGUGCCUCGAAUCAUAUUAAUCAUGAAAGUUGCUAUAUUAAGACUUAUUGUAGUGGGGCAUUUGCUAUCAUACAAUCAUAUAAUAUGUAGUUUUACCGGAGGAUUUUACGCCAUUCGGUGGAAUUCACGGCAAACAGGAUCCGUAUUUGAUAAAAUCCAGGGUAUGAAUUUUAUAGACUGUAUCGAUGAAUGUCUUAGACGAAAAAGGUGUGGGUCGGUGAAUUACACGAGGCGGAACCUUCUUUGUGAGUUGAAUGGCAUCGACACUUUUGGAAAUAUCCUUCGUAACCAUGUAGAGGGUUACAUUCACAGCGACAAAAGUUCUUGGGAUGCAAACAUCGUUGGACAAUGCAUACAAAAUCCAUGCAACGUAAAUGAGAAAUGUGUUUCUAUGACAAAAAAUGGCGGGCAAUACUGUAAGAUAUCAGAUUGUGGAUUCCCUCCAUCAUUUUCUGAUGCUGACCAAGUGUUCGACGAAGGAGAACGUCUUAUUGGUUUAGGAUACAAAAUAAGCUAUGUAUGCAAAAACAGCAACUUGUACACAGACGGUUACUAUGACUUUCAAAUGACCUGCAAGGAGGAGGGGACAUGGGAAAUGUAUGGAUCCUAUCAGUGUGGUUAUCCUGGAAAGUCUCUUUCAGUGACAGAAGUUGGACUCGGCGCGAAGUUGUUUUCGAUACCGAAGGUCUUGGAAAGUGGAACUGAAUGGAUGGUCAUCCAGAGACGCUACAAUGGCCUAAUUGAUUUUUACAGAACCUGGUUGGAAUACAAAAAUGGAUUCGGGUCCUUUAACUCUGAGUUUUGGAUAGGAAAUGAGAUCAUUCACGAGUUAACAUUAGCUGGGUAUACCACACUACGGAUUGAGUUGAUUGUCGACUCUGUAGCAUAUCUUGGUCAGUACGGGUGGUUCAGAGUGGAGACAGAGAACAACGGUUAUCGUAUACACAUUUCCAACUUCACAGGAAAUCUAACUGAGAGAAUGAGUUAUUUUGAUGGGAUGGAAUUCUCAACAUGGGACUAUGACAGAUAUUAUAGGAUCCCAGGCUACUGUGGUAUGCGUAACCAGGCAGGGUGGUGGUAUAAAGAAUGCCACCAGGGAAACUUGAACGGGCUGUACGGUGUGCAAAACACCACAGGUAUCUGCUGGUUGAUGACUACGGGUAUAGACACAAAUUUUGUAUAUCCCUCUCACGUCAUCAUGAUGGUUAUGAAAUCAUCUUAGAUUAUGAAAGUUAGAUCAUUGAUUUCUGUGGUACCAUUAAUUAUGCCUGUUAACAACGUUGUUUCAUCUAGUACGAAUAAUUACACAUUCAAAAGUAGUGAUGAUAAUUGGUACAGUGAUGUGUUAUUGAUUGACCUAGAUAACAGUUCCGGUGGCCUAUGUCACAAUUUUGCUAUCAAUACAUUUACAACAUGUGUUUAUUACUUAUUUGUAUGGACUCAAUAGAGACAAUCUAUAUUGAAAGUGUAUGGAUUAUGUUUUGGACUAAUUGCAUUUAUAUGAAAGUAUAAAAUUAAUGGUAUGUUGAGAAUAGAAUAGGUGAUCCUUAGAACGCUGUCUUUAAAUGAAUGUUUUAGAAUUGGUUUCGCUUGGUGUGCUGUCAUCUGAUAGAAAUUACACAAGAUAAUAAAUUUUAAAGGAUAGAGAUUGCACUAAAACCAAACACAUUCCUAUAUCCUAUAACAGUGUGGGAUCCACAAAAUAGAUACAAGGUAAAGGUGAAUAAGAUAGGGAAUAUAAAGCACUGAAAUGAUUUAACGACCCUAGCAAUGAAAAUUGUCAUUUUCCGAGAGAAUCCGUCUCUUU